UGAGUCUUGCCUUUCUACUAUUCAAGAACAAGACAAGAUCUUGCACAAGGAGUCUGCUUUCUGCAGACAAGCGUGCCAUGGAGGUUCUUUGGCUGUUGGCCUUACUCUCUACUGCAGAGCUGUCAAAGGCCCACAACACCACAGUGCUUCAGGGCACGGCAGGCCAGUCCCUGCAAGUCUUGUGCCCCUACGACUCCCUGAAGCACUGGGGGCGGCGCAAAGCCUGGUGCCGCCAGCUGGGUGAAGAGGGCUCCUGCCAGCUGGUGGUGAGCACCCACCACUCAUGGCUGCUGUCCUUCCUGAAGAGGAGGAACGGCAGCACGGCCAUCGUGGAUGAUGCCCUGGGCGGCACACUCACCAUCACACUGCGCAAUCUUCAAGCCCAGGAUGCAGGUCUCUACCGGUGUCAGAGUCUCCACGGCGGUGAGGCCGACACCCUAAGGACAGUCCUGGUGGAAGUCACGGCCAACCCUAUUGAUCACCAGAAACUUGAAAAUAUCUGGAGUGAUGAGGAGUUCGAGAGCUUUGGGGGUUCCCAGGUGGAGCACAGCAUCUCCAGGAACCUCUCUGAGAUCACCUUCCCACACUCCUCCGUGCUCCUCAUCCUGGCCUGCAUCUUUCUAAGCAAGCUUCUCAUUGCUGGCGCACUCUGGGCUGCGGCCCGGAGUGUACAGAGAUCGAAGACAAGCACAAUUGGCAACUUGGACUCUGGCCAUGUGCUGGGGCUCCAGCUCCAAGCUCUGACAGUGCGAAGAGACACAUGAGAGGAAAGGACCCCACCUGGGAGGAGAGACCAGGAAGUGUCUUCAGGUGUCACCUAUCCUGCACCUUCAUCCCUCAGUCUUCGAAAUGCCUGGUUGUGCUUUGGAAAAAGAUCCACUCUGCUUGUACUGCUCCUGGAAGCAUGUGUAUGUGUCAGCGUUGAAGUGUGAAGGAUGUCUAUGAAUGUGUGGGUCCUGAUAUUAUACACUCACAAAUAAA